UCAAGAUAUUAUUGCCAAAGUUGGCGAUAUACACAUAUUAAUCAACAAUGCAGGAGUUGCCAAUUUCGAUUUAAUGUCAGAGCAGGAUAACGACUCCUGGAAAAUUCUAAUCGACACCAACUUGAUGGCUCUGUGUAUUGCAACGAAAGAAGUAAUCGCACACAUGCGCGAAAAGAAAAUCAACGGACAAAUCAUCAAUAUCAACAGCGUAGCCGGUCACUACAUUCCCAGCAUGGAAAAACCUAUCAUGGGGAUUUAUCCUGCCAGUAAACACGCUGUGACUGCAGCAACGGAGCAAUUCCGACAGGAGAUGGUUUAUUUGGGAACUGAUAUAAAAAUUACCAGCCUCAGUCCUGGUUAUGUCUACACAGACAUUCAUAAAGAUGGCGGUGACACCACAAAUCCAAAUGGAAUGGAUCCAGAGGAUGUUGUUGAUGGCGUGAUGUUUAUUUUAUCAACAAAACCUAAUAUUCUGGUUAAAGAACUAACCCUAAAACACAUCAGGGAGAAGUUUUAGCGAAUAUAUCACGGCGAAAACAGCUAAUAACAUGUAACAAUACAAGUCACAAUAAAUCUUCUCCAUUGUUAAA